AGCACAGAUGACGUUGCAGUCCGUCCACUAGUCUUCCGCCUCAUAUCAGUUGUCCGUCCUCUGUCCCAUGACGGCGAAUAACUAAUCCUCCAACACCGUCUGGCGUCAUUUACCAACACAUUUAUUACGAACAAGAUGAGUGAAGCUGUCGACACCACGACGCUGUGUCUCUUCGAUGUGGACGGGACGCUGACUGCCGCCCGACAGAGGGUGACUCCCGGGAUGGAGGACUUUCUGCAGCGUCUGCGGCGGCGUGUUCGAGUCGGCGUGGUGGGGGGGUCGGACUUCAUCAAGAUCAAAGAACAACUGGGAGAUGAUGUGGUCGAGAAGGUGGACUAUCUGUUUGCUGAAAACGGAUUGGUGGCCUAUCAGAAUGGACAGCUGGUAGCAGUACAGAGUAUCCAGGCGUACAUGGGGGAGGAUCUUCUUCAAGACUUCAUCAACUUCUGUCUCAACUACCUGGCCAAGAUUACACUACCCAGGAAGAGGUACGCUCUCUCUCUCUCUCACACCAUCUCUGUCUGUGUCAACUACCUGACCAAGAUUACACUACCCAGGAAGAGGGGGACGUUUAUAGAGUUCCGUAAUGGAAUGUUGAACGUGUCACCGGUCGGGCGGAGCUGUAGUCAGGAGGAGAGGAUAGAGUUCUACCAGCUGGACCAAAAAGAACGAAUCAGAGAGAAGUUUGUUGCCGUUCUUCAAGAGGAGUUUAAAGGCAAAGGACUGACCUUCUCUAUAGGUGGUCAGAUCAGUUUUGAUGUGUUCCCAGAGGGCUGGGACAAGCGUUACUGUCUGGGCCUGGUAGAGAAAGACUCCUAUAAAACCAUACACUUCUUUGGAGACAAAACUAAACCUGGGGGAAACGACUAUGAGAUCUAUGCAGAUCCCAGAACCAUCGGGCAUGAAGUCACCUGCCCUGAAGAUACACAACGUAUCUGUCAAGACCUGUUCUUCAACUGACACACAGCAGUAAUCAGAUGUCUGAAGUGCCAAAGAGAUGUCCUGCCCUACCAUGUGAUCGUUAGGGCUUUAUGGAAUUCAUCUGGGAGUUCCCUGAUGCAUACAACACCGCUUUGGUGACACCCCUGUUUAGUAAACUAAUGGUUUUGACCACUGGGAACUAUGGAACAUGAAGCUUCUUCCAACCGUGUCUUUCUGCACAUUAACUUUCCUGGAACCAUGAAAAACUGCUAUUGGUUCAACUAUAUUGACAUUGUUUUAGGCUGGGUUUCUGUGUAUCACUUUGUUGCAUCGGCUGUUGUAAAAAGGGCUUUAUAAAUAAAUCUGAUUGAAAACCCCUCCUAAAAUUAA